UUCCUUCUCCCUGUCGUCCCUGUCUCUCAUCACCUCCCUCUCUCUCCUCCACUCUGUUCUUUCCCUUCUUUCUCUCAUCCCCUCCUUUAUUUGGGCGUGUCUUCUGUUUACAUGCGUUUGAAUGUUGUCGUGCGUGUCUGGCGUGUCUGACUGCUCCUCUCUCUCUCGUCUCAAGCUCAAACUCCGUCACAGAUUUUUGGACUAAUCUUCUCUCAACACUCGAAAAACGUUUGCUGAAGCCGAUGUCUGAGUCGGGGACCACACCUAAACCUACAGCUCCAGUCUCUCACUUUGAGCAGAAACCUUCGGCUGGAUCCAACAUGGCGUCCAAGCCCACAGCAGCAAGAAGUGAUGUCACAGCCACAGGAAGUGUCUCUAAGACUAACCCUGGUCCAGACGUGACACUGUUCUCUCCUAAAGGCUGGUCCAAGAGCGGUGCAUCUGCUCAAGCCAAGUCCUCCUCCUCCUCAGCUUCAGAAACUAAAGUCGCCCCAAAGACGACCACUCUGGCCACAACUGUAAAAGCUGGAGAGGCAGAAACAACUAAACCAAGUACUACAACUACUACUACUACUGCUAGACCAACUAGUACUACAACUACUACCACUACCACUACUACUGCGUCAAAAACCCCAGCGACCAAAGCUCAGACGACCAAGGUUCAGGUGGAGGUUCCUUCCAAAGUUCCAGCGACAAAACAGGUCUGUCCUCCUCUGGACCCUCUGGAUGCCUUGGCCUCUUCUCUUCCAUCUGAAGCUCCAAAACGCCCUGAGCCCAAAUACACAGGUCCUGAGGUCAAAGAGGGCGUGACGUCAGAGAAGGGCGUUCGAGUGGGAGAGAGAGAGGACACAUUGCCUCCAGGAUACAGACUCGAGGACAUGGGUCCAGUCCCUGCAGACACCAAACCUGCAGAAGUCCCGAAGCCGAUGAGCACAGACGAUGCUCUGGAUGUUCUGUCUUCUGGAUUCCUCUCACAGAGCACUCCAGAGAAGAAAGUGGAGACGAUCGGCGCCGCGUCCACAGCUCAGACCAACUUUGCUGCCGCUCCCCCACCUAAGAAGUCUGAGUCUUCAGCGCCCCCUGCUGAUAAAAAGGCCAAACUGGACGUGGCCUCAGACAGUUUCUCUCUCAGCGCCGCCGUCCCAGCGGGCAAACCCUCCGCUGCAGCUCCUCCCAAGAUGGCGCCCUCGUCUAAAGCUCAGGCCCCUCCAGUGAAAGCUCCCUCAAUGGAUGCAGAUGCCCUCGGUGCUCUUGAAGACCUCCUCCCUACAGCAGAACCUCCCAAACCUGAAGCUCCACUCAGACCAGACCAGAUAGUGAAGGAGGCCACAGUGGAGGAGGAGGAGGGUGUGAGAGUGGGAGAGAGAGAGGACACACUGCCUCCAGAGUACAGAUUCAAAGCAGAGGACAAAAACCUGCCCCCUCCCAAACCUGAGCCCUCUCUGGACACAGCUGACGCCCUGGACUUCUUGUCAGGAGACUUCAGUCUUUCCACUGCACCCACCACACAGAGCGCUGCACCUGCUCCUGCACAGAAGCCUGUGUCUGCUCCUCUGGAUAAAAAACCUCGGAUGGAGCCAGACGGAUUCUCUCUGGAAGCUGGACUCACUUCCUCCUCCACACAGAAAGUGGAGUCUGCUGCUGUUCUUCCGCCAAAGAAAUCUGAAACAAAACCAACAAAAUCAAAGGAAAAACCUAAAGACGUCACAGACUCUAGACCUGCGCUAGACCAGGGAGGAUCCAUGUCCCUUGAUGCCCUGAGUGCUCUUGAAGACCUCCUCCCUACAGCAGAACCUCCCAAACCUGAGGCUCCACUCAGACCAGACCAGAUAGUGAAGGAGGCCACAGUGGAGGAGGAGGAGGGGGUGAGAGUGGGAGAGAGAGAGGACACACUGCCUCCAGAGUACAGAUUCAAAGCAGAGGACAAAAACCUGCCCCCUCCCAAACCUGAGCCCUCUCUGGACACAACCGAGGCCCUGGAUUUCCUCUCAGGAGACUUUAGCCUGUCAUCUGCUCCCUCCACACAGAGUGCUGCUCCUGCUCCUGUAGCUCCUGUACAGGCUGAUGCAGAUGCUGCUCUGGACGCUCUUUCUGGAGACUUUAUGUCCUCCUCCUCUGCACCUUCCACUCAGACUGGCCUUGAUGCUCUCUCUGGAGACUUCCUUGCGGCUUCUGCUGCCCCCACAGUGCAGUCCUCCGCCUGCCCCCCACAGGCUGCGUUGGAUGCAGAAGCAGACUUUGCCCUGGAUGCCCUGUCAGACUCUUUGAAAGACAUCAACCCCACGCCCCAACCAGAGCCCCCCAUGCCCACGAAAGUCGUCAAGGAGAAAAAGAUAGAGGAGGAGCGUCUGAUAAAAAUGGGAGAGAGAGACGACACCCUGCCUCCAGAGUACAGGCCCACAGAGGAGGACCUCAAGAAAAUGAAGGAGAAAAGUAAAGUUCCCGAGUCUCCCAAAGAGGCGAUGGACGAUGCAAAAGCUCUGGACCUUUUGGCAGGAGACUUCUCUACACCUGUCGCUCCCUCUGCUCCUGCUGCCCCCUCUGCUCCUGUCAGCUCCGUGGCCUCUGCUCCUGUCUGCUCUGCCCCCACAGACGCAAAGAAGCCAAUGGCGAGCAAAGUUCUGGACUCUCUGUCUGACACACUGCUGCCCGAUAAGCCCGAGUCAAAGAACGAGAAACCCAAGGCUAAGUCCAAGUCCAGGUCCCGGUCUAAAAAGCCUCAGGCAGAGGGCCUGCCCUCCUCUCAGCACAGCUCUGACAUAGUGCCCACAUCCACAAAGAAGAGCUAGGUGUGUGGACCAGCGACUCUGGAUGAAUUAAUAAAAAGUAAAUGUAUUUUUCUAAUGUUGACAAUGUUUGAGUUUCAGAUGUAGAUAUGAAUUAAUAACAAUCUUUUGCACAAGUCUCUGCAGUUUUAUGGGGUCGACGAACCAGGAAAGAGUGAAUUAUGUAAAAAUUAACAGAUGUGUUUCAGACGGAAGAGAGGAAGAUAGAAAGAAAGAGAGGGUGGGGGUAGAAUGGUAGAAAGACUGCAAAAAAGGUAUAUUGAAAAAUUAAAUUUGGGUGUUUUUGAGUCAUUGUGUUUAUGAAGUUUUUUGAAAUAUGAUUUAAAACUGAUAAAAAAUUAUAAUAUUUACCAUUGGAGAAGGAAAUUUCCUGAAUGAAGCUAGAAAUAAACAAAGAUGUACAAAAAAACAAGAGAGAUAAAACUAAACCUCAAAUGAACCUUGUCUUGAUGGAGAUGUUGUUAUUAUUAUUGUUUCACCCUGGAAUGUGCCACGUACAGCAUUAAAUUUCAAACGCAUAUCUCCAUGGAGACGAGCACAAGACAUCAACGGGUUUCAGGUCAGAUCUAUGGAGAGGCAAGCCCACACACAGAACGAAUGUAUGUCGUUCAAGUUAUUUUUUUAAGCAAUAUCAUCUGUAAUUGAAUAAAUGUAAGUGGAUAUAUUCAAAGCAUACUGUGGAACAUUUUAGGCAGAGGAAUUACUUCUCCAUGGAGACAGGUGAAAAGUUACUCACUGCAUCUUUUAAAGGACCUAUAUUACACAAAGUUCACUCUUGCGACGUUUAAGCCAUGAUAUAAUGUUACCUCUUCAAAAACAGACCUGGAGUUGUGUUUUGUUUCAUUCACACAUUUAUUAUUAGUCUGUCUACAUCUCCAAACCUCAACAUGCUCUGUUCCACCUUGUGAUGUCAUGAAGUGGUAGUUUUCAAGUUAACAGCUCCUUUUACCUUUAGUUCAGUAGAGAUUGACAAUUCCACAGCUGAAAUCAUCCAAAUGAUUCUAGUGAAGGUGUAUGGAGUUUAAAAACACAGCGGACCACUUCCUGUUUGGCCAUAUGACAUCACAAGGUGGAACAGAGCUUUGGAGAUGUAGACAGACUAAUAAUAAAGUGUUACUCAAACAUGUGUGAAUGAAACAAAACACAAUUCCAGGUCUGUUUUUGAGGAGGUAAUAGUAUUAUAACCCAGAUUAGAAAAUAGACUAAUAUGAGCACUUUAAAAUGUUUCAAAUUCAAAUCUCAAAUAUUCCUUUUUUGCAGUGCAGCUUGGAUUUGAGUCAAAGCUUUAAGAGUUUAUGAAACAAAUGUUAAACACAGGUGCCAUAGACAUGCUGGGGGUGGAAUGAUUAAGGGGGAAAAAAAAAGAAUUGUGUACAAAAUGUCAAAUGUUUUGGGCAGAUUUGGUUUGGAGUUUUGACACUAUAAGAGUCCAGUGUGGUCCAGUGCCUUUGGGAUGAGUGAUGAAUGAACUUGUGUGCAAUUUUCCAUGAAAGUGUACAGUUUACAUCUGAUUUUACCAACGCAAAGAUUCACAAACCCUUUUCAAAAUAUCACCUUUUAUUUUCUUUUGUUUAGUCACAAGUCCAGACCAGUAGCAGAGAUAACAGAGCAACGCAAAAUCUGCAUGACUUAAAAUGACAUCAGCUCUGAAUUCUAGUUGAAAUGUAACAAAUUUUUAAUAGAACUGUUUAUUCAUAACGGCAAUAUUAUUUUUAAAGAGGGGGUAUUCUGCAAAAUCGAUUUCAUGGAGCUUUCUACCAUGUUAUACAGUAAUGUUCCCUCAUCAAAAACAUGCCUGAAGAGGUUUUAGAUGUCAUCCAUGCAGGUUUGAUUAAUUUAGCGAUCUUUCCCCAGGCCCCAUUCAUAAACUCCUUACGGUUAGCAGUACUUCAUCACCCACAUGUCUACAUCACUCAUGCUCCCACGUCACAAUUCUCCAUAAAUAUAUAAAAACAUGAUACAAAACUGUGCACUACAACUUGACAAACCUGAUGUGAUGUGCAGUAGUUUCAUUAGUGGGAUGCAACUGAUUGUGUUGUGAUAGUGCUCUGAAGAGGGAGUGACUUAAAAUACCCCCUCUUUAAUACCCCAUAGAAGCAAAAUACUCCCUCUUUAACCAUUUUUAGGACAUUUUUGACUGGUUUCCGUAGGCCUAUUUGUUUCUUGAGUAAACCAGGGCCAAGUCCAAACUUGGUAGUGGCAUAAACAAUAAAUAAAGUCAUUGUAAACAGUCCAGCUGCAUAUGUAGAGAGUGUGUCAUUUUAAGCCUGAAGUGGGUGUAUUUGUCACAGUGAGAGAGGCUGAAUGUACUGCAUAUACUGCACUGUAAAAGGACUGUCCAAUCUUUGUGUUUGUGAAGAAAUCAGGAGCUUCAAUAAAGAUGUGUAAAAGCUAA